AUGGAGUCUUUCCUGCCAUUGUCGACCAAUCACAGGUCGGGAUCUGUUAACGUCACCUGGGAGCCCGAUGUCACUUUCUUCAUCCAGGGCCUCGCCAGCCUCGGAGAGAAAAAGAUUAUCCUGUUUGUGAUCCUGCUUCUGGGUUACAUUAUCAUCCUGGGAGGAAACAGCAUGAUCAUCUUUGUGGCGUUGACAGAUUCGAAGCUCAGCUCUCCGAUGUACUUCUUCCUCUCCAACCUCUCCUUUGUGGACAUCGUCUACACCACCACCACCAUCCCCAACAUGCUGUCCGGCCUCCUGACACACGUUAAAACCAUUUCGGUCCCCGGCUGCUUCCUGCAGAUGUAUUUCUUCAUCCAGUUAGCCGUUACUGGCCGUGCCAUCCUGACCGUCAUGGCGUACGACCGCUACGUGGCCAUCUGCAACCCUCUGCGCUACACGGCCAUCAUGACGCGACCCGUGAGGCUAAUCCUCAUCGCGGGAGCCUGGAGCUUUGGCGCCUUCUGCACGCUGCCGUCCGCCGCUAUGGGGUGGCAGCGGUCUUACUGCGGCCCGUACGUGGUGAGACACAGCUGGUGUGACCCGUCGUCCGUACGCCGGCUGGUGUGCGGUGACACGUCGGUGGAUAACAUCGUGUCGCUUUCCUCUGCCAUGGUGUCGCUCCUGACCACAGGAGUCCUCAUCCUCACCUCCUACGUCCUGAUCGGUGUUUCCAUGUCCAGGAUGGGCGUGGCUCAGAGGCUGAAGGCUGUCGGGACAUGUGCCGCCCAUCUGAUCGUGGUGUCCAUCUCUUACGGUUCGGCCUCAUUUGUAUACAUCUCCUACCGGGUGGGGAACUUUUCACCGGAGGUGCGUAUCAUUGUGUCCGUGCUGUACUCCGCCCUGACUCCGUUCCUGAACCCGAUGAUCUACAGUCUGAGGAACAAGGAGCUGCGAGAGUCCAUCCGGAGGACUCUGAGCAGCUUCAGACCUGCUGCCGUGUCCCCCAGAAAGGACGUCUCCACAGUGUCCUGA